AAAAAAACUGAUUCGCAAAGAGUCAGUACUGAUUCCUAUCUUUUACUUGCCAUUGCGGUUGGCUGGGAACAAAUAUGUUGCUUUAUAAUUUUAUUGAACCUUGGCGUGGAUGUAGCUGCGUAGCUUACACUUUGGGAGUGAUUGAAAGACCGACUCCAAAUUGACCACACGUGACACCGUGACGUGACCACAGUUGUGAAAUGAAUUUGCCAAACGAUCAUGAACUCUGAUGAACUCUGUCGAUGCAGCUCUGGCCCUAGCUAGAUCCUUCGCGCAGCGCUUGCUCGAUUCUUCUUAACCUGGAAGAGGUCAUGCUGUUUUCCACCCGUGCGGCGCUUCUUGGCCUGAGCUUACUUGGAUUUGUCCAAGGCUAUGUGAACACCACCGGACUGAUUUGUCAGUACGGUUGCUGGGAUGAGGAGGAUGAAGCCUGUCAUGGGGGUCUGAAUGAAAUGCAGUGUGCGGAGAUCUACGGUCAUGUCUACUGGGAGCCUUGGUGCGAUUGCGUGGAUGCAGCCACGGGCCAGGCGAACAACAUCACCCAAGCAGAGCCACGCACAGGUGUCGCGAACAUCUACUUCUCCGUGCCAGCUUUUGUGGUUCUGUUCCGCGAGAGCCUGGAGGUUGUCAUCGUCCUCGCCAUCAUCCUACAGUUUCUGCAAAAGAUGAAGCAGGACGGUCUCAUGCAGCCAGAGCAGUACUACAAGUUCCGACGCGAGGUCUAUGUGGGCGCCGGUUUGGGCUUCGCCUUGUGCUUGUGCUUCGGCGUGGGCUUCUUGGCCUUGGCCUCGUUGACCUAUCAGCUCUUCGAAGGCGACAAUGAACGCAUCUUCCAGUUCUGCAUGAUGAUGCUCACCUCCGCUGUUUUGACCUUCUUGGCCGUCAACUUUUACAAGAUGAUCUUCACCAAGGAAGCGCACGAACGGAAGAUGAAGGCCCAGAUGGAAGCCACCUUGGAGGCGACCCGCGAAGCCGAGACUGGGAGCCAGGUGAGCUUUGGCCGGAGGCGUGCCUUCUUUGUCUUGGCCUUUACCACGGGGCUGCGAGAGGGCUUGGAAUCGAUCGUUUUCUUGGUGGGCGUGAUCACAGACGUGAAGGAUUUGAGCUCCUUGCCUCUUCCAAUCAUUAGCGCCCUGAUCUUGUCCCGCCUGGUGGGCUGCUGCUUUUUCCAAGGCACUAAGAAGGUUCGCGUGGACUGGUUCAUGCGUGGAUCUGCCAUCCUGCUGAUGUUCAUUGCCGCGGGCUUCUUCUCGGCCUCCAUGCACCAGCUGCAGGAGUUGGACGUCUUCGGCAUUUGGAGCCCACGCUCCGAGCGGCCCUGGCAAAACGUGAAUGUUUGGGAUGCUCGAGAUUGUUGCAAUGACAAGACCAAUCGCUUCUUUGUCCUAAUGCGAGCACUCUUUGGCUGGCAAGAUCAAGCAACACCCGUUGAGAUCUUUGCCUGGUUUGCCUACUGGAUCGUUGGGAUUACAGCGGUGCUCUUGAUGGUCCAUCGGGCCAAGAAGCAACUGGCCAAGAUGAUGGACGAAUGGCGCAAGCAGGAUGAGGCAGCAGAGAAGAAGGAAGGCGAAUUGUCUGACUCUGUGCCGGCUGAGCCCUCCAGUGCUUAGGAAUCCACUUCGGAUGACUACAAAGGAGUACCAUAGCUAGCAUUCCGGCGAGACUGCUUGAGCAUUGGGCCGGAACCCAGUGCCGAUUUGAUGCGUGGUCCGUACCUGAAACUUUGCCGUUGUGAUGCUCAAGCAGCUUUGCCACCAAACUUUUGCGUAUAGAGAUUGUCCUCGGGACCAAGAAGUACUGAUCGAAC